UUGACCCAAACAACCCCAAUUCCCAAAAGCCUCCUCUCUAGACCCUCUACGGAAACAGAGAAAAAAUGGAUGCCAGAAAAAUAGUGGUGGUAGUAGAAGACGUCGACGUAGCACGAAAAGCUCUCGAAUGGACUCUUCACAAUCUUCUCCGCUAUGGCGAUUUACUCACUCUCCUUCAUGUUUUCUCUCCCGCUAGAUCCGGAAACAAGAAGAAGAUAAGGUUUCUCCGCUUGAAAGGCUAUGACCUUGCUCUCUCAUUCAAAGACAUCUGCAACGCCGCGUUCCUCAAUACUAAUGUUGAGAUUGUCGUGGCGGAAGGCGAUGAGGAAGGAAGGAAGAUUGCCGCGUUGGUGAGGGAAAUUGGCGCCUCUGUUCUUGUUGUUGGUCUCCAUGAUAAUAGCUUCCUUUACAGGUAAGUUAUUUAUUUUGAC